UGACGUGACCAGCCGGGCGAAAGUGAGGACGGUCAGAGGGAAAGAUGGCGGCUGUGAGAAACAUGCAGAGAUUAUGGGGUCUCGGUGUGUGUGCGAUUCGUCAGCACGCUGCUCUGAAAACAUCCAGAGUCCUGCAGCAAAGAGCUUUCCACCUCAAUGGAGCUCAGUGCCAGCAGACGUUCGAUUCGGAGAAGCCGCAGUUCCCCGGGGCCUCGGCGGAGUUCAUUGAUCACCUGGAGUUCAUCCAACCCAACGUGAUCUCAGGAAUCCCUGUGUAUCGAGUCAUGAACCGACAGGGCCAGAUCAUCAACCCGUCCGAGGAUCCACAGCUCUCUAAAGACACAGUGUUGAACUUCUACCAAAAGAUGACACUCCUCAACACGAUGGAUCGCAUUCUGUACGAGUCUCAGAGGCAGGGCCGUAUCUCGUUCUACAUGACCAACUACGGUGAAGAGGGCACUCACAUCGGAAGUGCCGCAGCUCUCAACUCCAACGACCUGGUGUUUGGCCAGUACCGAGAAGCAGGAGUGCUGAUGUACCGCGGGUUCCCGCUGGAUCUGUUCAUGGCACAGUGCUAUGCUAAUGCGGAUGACGUGGGGAAGGGCAGGCAGAUGCCGGUGCACUACGGCACCAGAGACCUCAACUUCGUGACCAUCUCGUCUCCUCUGGCCACUCAGAUUCCUCAGGCGGCGGGAGCAGCGUACGCUAUAAAGCGGGAGAACAGCAACAGAGUGGUGAUCUGUUACUUCGGUGAGGGAGCGGCUAGUGAAGGAGACGCCCACGCCGGAUUCAACUUCUCUGCCACUCUGGAGUGUCCAAUCAUUUUCUUCUGCCGCAACAACGGCUACGCCAUCUCCACCCCCACCCACGAGCAGUACCGCGGCGACGGCAUCGCUGCCCGAGGCCCAGGCUACGGUAUGCUGUCUAUCCGUGUGGAUGGUAACGAUGUGUUUGCAGUGUACAAUGCUACAAAGGAAGCGCGGCGCAGAGCGGUGGCCGAGAACCAGCCUUUCCUCAUCGAGGCCAUGACCUACAGGAUCGGCCACCACAGCACGAGUGACGACAGCUCGGCUUACCGCUCAGUGGAUGAGGUGAACUACUGGGACAAGCAGGACCACCCGAUCUCCCGCCUCCGCCACUACAUGACCGCGCGCGGCUGGUGGGGUGAGGAUGAGGAGCGUGCGUGGAGGAAGCAGUCACGCAAGCUCGUCAUGGAGGCCUUCGAAAAAGCCGAACGGCGUCUCAAACCAAAUCCGGAGUUAAUUUUCACUGACGUCUAUAACGAGAUGACUCCAGGCUUGACUAAACAGAAAGAGUCCAUGUUAAGGCACGUUCAGCAGUACAAGGAGCACUACCCGUUAGACCUGUACGAGAAGUAAUCACUCCAUUUCAGAACCUAGUCACUUCCCUUAGGCACUUCGAUUUAGGGGAUUUAGCAGGAUGGUGAUGCUACAGCUAAAAUGGAAGAUAUAAUUAAAAAUAUUCAAAUAAUCAUAAAUCCCAGUUACUUUCAUGUAGAUACCGCUGGUGCAUUUAAAUCUGGGACUGGGAGAAUUAAGACGUGACACAUUGAAUUGUUCAUCUUGUUUGUCGUUUUGAAUUGGGAUCAGCCCUGUGGUGUAAGAAAUGAAUUGAGACAUGAGCGCUGCACAUUUCUCUGUUAUAUGUUACUAUGCCUCCUGGGUUUUGAGAAGCCAACAGACAGGGGGUGUAUAUAUCCGUUUUAGCCGUCUGCCACUAGGGGCCACUCCGUCAUGCCCUUUAUGAUUCUACACUACUGUGGCAGUCUGUGAGGAAAUGAGAUCAUGGCAUUAACUGUGCUCUCCACACUGAUUGUUAUAAUUAUAAGCCGGUUUCAUGCUGAUGAUCUUUUUAAUAUGAUUGUCAUUAACAGAGAGGCAUGCAUUAUACACAUAUACAUCUAUAUUGACUUGAUCAUUUUAACCUCAUUACAGAAAGCAGUAGAGUCACACGUUUUCACUCUAUUCAUGUUUCUGUCUGAAUGACUCUUUCCACAUCUGUGAAUGCGGUUAGUAAAAGAAAAGUCAUCAGGAUUGAAUGAGCUUGCGGGUUUUUGUUCUGUUAAAACUGACUGUAUAGGUUGUAUAAGGCUGGGUCGAUGUAUUCUGUGUUCUUUAGUAUGGAUUUUGAAUUUGAAUUAAACCUUUUCUUUGGUUUUUAAUGAAUUUAAAACAAACUGCUGCUCUGUCAGAUUUCCUUCACUGUUACAUUAUCUUUAGGCUGACAUUUGGUUUGAAGUUGGGGGGAUUUACUAGAUAAAGUUUGAAACAUUUAAAUAAAAUGCUUGUGAAACAUUAA